AUGAUGAUAUUGAGUAUGAUUGAGUAUCUAUUCACUAUAAUUCAUAAGAACCAAUGGGAUAAAUUAUCAGUAGACCAUCCAUAUUCUGAAUAUAAUAAAAAUACAAUCAAAGAAAUCACGAAAAAUAUAAAUUUACCAAAUGAACAACAACAAAUCAAUUCUAAUGAUUUAGAGAUAUUAUUAAAUUUUAAACAUGAUUCUUAUUUAUAUGAAUUUCAAUUUCAAUUAAUUCAAAUUAAAUUUGGAUUAUUAAAUCUAAUUAAUUUAUUACCAUUUAUUGGACCUUUUAUAAGUUUAUUAUUGUCAUUUAAAUUAUUAUUAACUAUUAAAAAAUUACAUAAUAAAAUUCCAUUAGAUUUACAAUUAUUAUUAUUAAUUAAUAUCUUAAUUGAAUUUGGUAUUGGUUUAAUUCCUUUAUUUGGUAUAUUUGGUGGUAUUUUAUAUAAAGCAAAUUCAAGAAAUUAUAAAUUAUUACAAGAUUAUUUAAUUAACCUUGAAGAUUAUACUAUUGAAUUAUCUACAUUAGAAAUCCCUGUUGAUGAGCAAGAAGAAAAAGAACCAGUUCAGGAAGAAGUAAUAAUACCACCAAGUCCAGUUAAAGUAUUGGAUUUGUUGAAUAAAAAAUCAAAAAAUAAUACUAUUGAAUCAGGAUCAAUUUCAAGUUCUUCUUCUUCUUCAAUUGUAAAUACAGGGAAAUCAACUUCAAUUGCAACUAUUACAACAAGUAAUACAAAUGUAAUGGCAUCUCCUUUUCAAAGUAAUUCAACCAUUGAUGAUUCUAAAAUAGAUCAAGAUUCAAAAUCUAUCAAAAGUAUAAAAACUUUAAGUAAACUAAAUCAUGUUGAAAAUCCAAAAAAGAAUAAAAAGAAGAAGAAAAAGAAAAAGAAGACUACUGAAUAA